AUGCCGCCUAAGAAAAUGACUAAGUUAGCUGAUAGUGACGCUUCGGAUGUUAAUGAUUCGGAAGAUAUAAAUGAUUCGCAGUUAUCCAUGUUAUUAGCUAAACGCGAAGUUAUAUUCGAAAUGGUGCAAAGAAUUUAUGAUUUGUCUUUGAACAUUCAUAACAACGCUGCGCUUAUGGAAAGUUUCCUUGACGAGUCCGCGCAGAUAGAAUCAUUACGCGAUGAUUAUAAGAAAUGUUUAGAUGAAUAUAAUAUUCGUUUGUUAUCAUUAAUUCCCGCCGCGAAACCUGAUUAUAAAAGCCUCGUUGCAUUCGAGUCUUUGUAUAGCAGGAUUAAAAGAAUUAAAUCGCAAUAUUCGCAACCAUGUCCGUCACACGGAGAUAUUAAUAAUUUGCAUAAAAAUAGGCCUAAAUUACCGCCUAUCGAAUUAGUACCAUUUUCGGGUGAUAUUCGCUCAUUCCCGCUGUUUCUUUCGAAUUUUGAAUCAAUUGUUCAUAACAAUCCCGGCCUUACAGAUGCCGAGCGUUUGUAUUAUUUACUAGGUAAAUUAACGGGGAAGGCCACAACUGUUAUAGCUGGUAUAACCCCCUCCGCUGAAAAUUAUAAUUUAAUUUUACAAACUUUAAAAGAUAAAUAUGAUGAUAAACGUAUGUUAGUUUCCGCGUAUUUAAAUCAAAUGUUUGAUUUUAAACCUUUGCAUUGUGCGUCCGCAACAAACUUUGAUUUAUUUACAGAUAACUUUAUUAGCGCAGUGCGCGCCUUACAAAAUAUAAAGUUAGAUAAUAUUACAGAUUUAAUGAUUGUUCAUAUCGCGUUGAAGAAGUUAGACUCAGACACUGUUCGCGCUUUCGAGACUGAGUUUGGUAGUGAAAUGCCUACUUUUGAUAACUUAGUUCAAUUUAUUCAAACUCGUGCGAAGGUAUUAGAACGCAUUCAUCCUUCCACAAAUUCGGGAAUAAAUAAACCGCCUCGAAAGAAUAAUAAUUAUAACCGCAGUUCAAAUAAUACUUCUUCCGCACCGCCUAAGACGUAUCAGUCUUACGUAACAACCGCUGAUUCCGCUUAUAGUAAUUGUCUUUGUAAAAGUAUUACGCAUCAACAUUUAUUUAAAUGUUCGAGUUUUCAUAAAAUGAGUCCGCAGGAACGUUUGAAAUACGUAAAGGAUAGAAACGCAUGUAUAAAUUGUCUCAGUAUAAAACAUCGAGUUUCUAGUUGCUCGUCGUAUUCUAAUUGUCGCAUUUGUAAAUUAAAACAUCAUACAAUGUUACAUUUGAAACGCGAAUCUUCCAUACCCGCGCCUGCGUCUCAUCCCCCGCCGCGCAGCACACCGCCGUUGCCUGCGCCGUCGCCGCCGUCGGGCGAGUGCGUCCGCUCUGACAUAGCGCUAUGUACCGCUAGCUAUACAGCUGAUACUGAUAACGCAUUUCAAUGCAACGCGCCCGCGAAUAAACAACGUACUAUUUUAUUAUCAACCGCUGAAGUCGUAGCUUAUAAUUGUAAAGGUGAACGGCUUAUUAUUCGCGCGCUUUUAGAUUCCGCUUCGCAAAGUCACUUCAUUACAAAUGAAUGUUGUGAACGUUUAGGUAUUAAACCGCAGAAAACCGAACGUACUAUUAUUAAGGGGUUCGGUGGUUCAGAAAAAAUUAUAGAUAGUAAUUCCGUAAAUAUAAAAUUUUAUUCGCGUCUUGACAACAACAUAUCUUUUAAUAUUUCACCGCUAGUUGUUGAUCAUGUUACGGAUUUAUUACCUACCGCUGUUAUAGACACUUCUGUCGUAUCGCAUAUUUCGCAUUUACCGCUCGCAGAUGAGAGUUUUGGUACGCCAAAUAAAAUCGAUUUAUUAAUCGGUGCUUCUCUGUUCCCUCAUCUGCUUCUCCCCGACGUAGUUCAUGCAUCUCGUGACUCGUCGGCGCCCGCUGCAUUGCGCACGGUGUUAGGCUAUGUAAUAAUGGGUUCAGUACCCACCAUACCUAACAUACAUAAACCGCCCUUGACGUGUCGUCACGUUCAAGAGACCGCCGCUAUUGACUCAUUAGUCAGGCGUUUCUGGGAGCUCGAGGAGCUUCCUACCGCACCGCCCGUUCAGCAUCCCGAUGAUGUUGAAUGUGAAGAAUAUUAUAAAUCAACUACAACCCGCGACCCCGUGAGUGGCAGAUAUAUUGUUUCGCUUCCAUUUAAGGAUGAUUUCUACACUCUCGGUGAUUCAUUUAAUAUUGCCCGCAAACGUUUCAUGUGCCUUGAAAGAAAGCUACAGGCUUCACCUAAAUUAAGGUUGGCAUAUGAUGACGUCAUAAAAGAUUAUCUAACGAAGAAUUAUAUUUCACCCGCGCCUCCGUAUGAUCCGCGUGACCCUACACCUAUUUAUAUUAUACCGCAUCACGCUGUUCUGCGCGAGGAUAAAUCGUCGACUAAGCUGCGCAUGGUUUUAGAUGCUAGCAUGCCAACUUCUGGAAGCCAGCGUUCAUUGAAUGACCUUCUGCAUGUUGGGCCGAAUUUACAAGGCAAUUUGUUUACAAUAAUUUUAGGUUUUCGUCUCCACGCGAUUGCCAUGACCGCCGAUUGCCGCCAACAAUUUCUGCAGAUAUUCGUGCGUGAGUUUGAUCGUCGUUUUCAAUGUUUUUUAUAUCGUUUCAGCCCGCAAGAUCCGCUACUUCUUUAUCAAUUUAAUCGAGUUUGCUUCGGCAUCAAGUCUAGUCCUUAUCAUGCACUACGCACGGUAAGACAGCUCGUAGAAGAUGACGGCGCGAAAUAUCCGCUCGCGAGUAGCAUUGCGUCUUCCUCGUUGUAUAUGGAUGAUAUCGCCUUCUCUAUUCCCACGGAAUGUGAAGCAGUUUCCGCGUCGCAGCAGCUCAUCGAUUUGUUCAGGGGAGCUCAGUGGGAUCUAGUUAAAUGGAAUAGUAAUAGUAAAAAUGUGUUAGAUAAUCUUCCCGCUUCGCACAAACUUUUACCCUCCGCGGUGGAGUUUGAUAAGACCGUGCAACAUAAAUUACUUGGUCUGCAUUGGUCUACUGUUGAUGAUUGUUUUUAUUUUAAAAUUACCGCACCCGCAGAUGUGAUGUGCACUAAGCGCUCCAUCUUGUCAAUUACCGCCCGUCUGUGGGACAUGAUGGGCUUCGUUGCUCCCACAGUCGUGUAUAACAUCCCAUCAGAUAAUUUCUACCAUAUUUCUGGUAUUGAAAAUCCCGCUGACAUUCUUUCGCGUGGCAUUACGCCACAAAAUCUCGUCUCGCACCCUCUGUGGUUCCAAGGACCCCAGUGGGCUCGUUCGGACCCAUCCGGAUGGCCUCUUAAGAGUCUCGAUGGCCUUCAACCGCUUGAAGCCUUUUAUUCGCAACAGACUAAUCCUCAUCGGACGUCUAAGCGAUACCGCCCUGGAAUAUGCACAUAA